CAGAAAAGAAGUUAUCUUUCUCUCUCUCUGCUCGACUUUCCUCUGCAGCCGGCCCAUAUGAAGGACACCACGUGAACUCCCCCGACGACUCAGUGCGUCUUCGCCGCCGUUUUCGUCGUCGCAGAUUAAGGUUCCCCUCCUCUAACACGCCGGCGCUUCCCCCCCUGCCACCGCGACACUCAGUCGUCGCCGCCGUCGGCUCUGCUGCCGUGGCCAAGCGCGUUGGCAGCGAGGAUUGCUUUAGCUUGCAGGCACUUUCCCCACCCCCACCGCCGCUGAUUUCGCCGUUAUGCGGUGAAGCCCUUCGCGUUGACGGGCUAAUCGGCUGCCUGAUUUCUAUUAUGAUGGGGUAGGUGUGCUCCUGGUUCGCGUCUCGGAGGACCCUCGCCGUUUAUCGAUCCAGUGAUGUGGAGCUCACCUUUCUCCGGCUAGCGUUGUGUCAGGGGAGAGUGCUUGUUGAUCCCUCGGGAGCUGGUUGAGUUGUCUUUCGUUUGUGGGAAAUCUGUGCGGCAGCGUAAGGUUGCUGAUUCGGAUGGCACCGGUGGGGGAUCAUAUUGUGGACAUCAGCUCCGAUGAGGAGGACUUGUUCAUCGGCACUUCCCUAAAUAUACUCCUAGAACCCCUCGACCCCGUUAAAUGGGUGGAUGAGGUUUGCGGUGUGGCUGAUUAUGUGGCCGGGGAGGAUAUCGAUGACCUCAUGAUUAUGAGUGAGAUAUCUGCUCCACCGGUGUUGCAGAAGAUAGCCAAGCCUGAUGAGCUCGUGGUUAUGGGUGAGUUGUCCUCACCACCUGCCCCGCAGCAGAAGGCCAGUGCUAAUGGUGGGUGCCAUGAGGAUGAUGAUGAUUGUGUAGUUCUAGAUGGUGACCCUGAUAAGGCGAUUACAGUUGCUGAAGAGGGGAGCUUGGGAGAUGGCAGUUCGGAUGAAUUGCAGAUAGUGGCGGAGAAAGGCCCGGUAGCAUGCAGGGACUUCCCUCAUUCACGGCAUUCAUGCUCAAACUUGCCUUUCAGCACUACUUCUCACGUAAAGCACUGUUCCAUGUGCCACUGUUUUGUAUGUGACGCACCAGCUCCUUGCAAAUAUUGGGGUAACAGUACAUCAGCUGAUGAUCAUUGCCAUGCUACAGACAAGGAUUCAAAAUGGACAUGCAUGAGGCAAAUAUUCAAGCAAAAAUUGUUGCCAGCAUCUUUUCUAGAAAAACACCAGAACGGCGUUUACUCAACAAUGACACCACCUAGACAGCAACAUAUGCAGUGUCAUGUUUCAGUCCCACAAUCGCCUUCGGUGUCACAUGGGAGUCACCCUUCUCUUACCAUCCAAAGUCCUCUUCUUAAUGAAGGGAGCCAAAACCAACAAAGACAUCCCUCAGUGAGAGUCUCACUGAGUGUAGGGGCAACAGUCAGUUCUCCAAGAGCUGGAAGAGGUACUGGCAAUGCUCACAUUGCUCAAAGUACUCAUUCACAUGCAAUAUUCAAGAGAGCAGGGGCUGUUGCUCCAGUCUUUGCAACAAGAAAUGCUAGCCAAUUCUGUCCUUCUGCUCCAGAUGAUCUCCUUUUGCAGCAGGCAUUGUCUCACGCUUCUCAGCCUGUUCAAGUUGCGCCUACAACCAAUGCUUUCACUGGCGCUUCUCAAAAUAACCAUUUUCAGAGAUCUUUCAGUGCGCCGAUAGCACCUCAGGUGCAACAAGGUCAACCUGCGGCACGUUACCAGGUCGCCAUAAAUGGAAUGCACGCCGUAGGGCCGCAACUUGCACGGUCCACCUCACUUACAACUCAGAGAACACAAUGCCUCCCAGAACCAGCAAUAAUAGAUGUCAGCACAACAAGCUGGCAAGACAUACUUGCUACUGUGGCAUCUAAUCUGGGGGUAGCAGAUUACAACACGAGCACCCCUGAGUCUCAGCAUGUAACGGUUGACUCUCUAGCCAUGCAUCCCACUGCAAACCAUGGGUUGGAUCUUCAGCAUGAGCCCAUUGCAGAAUCAGAGAACCUGACAUAUUCGCUUCUGCAUGAUUCAUCCAAUGGCGCAGCAGGUGGCAGUGUUCAGGCAGAUGGUCCUAUGCAAACACCAGAGAAUUUGGACCAUCUGAUUGGCCAGAGCAAUCCUGUUCCAAAUGAAGCUCACCUGGAUGACUUUGCGGGUGCCCCCGCUAAUCAAUUACCAAUAGAAGAAGAAGAAGCUCAUCAGCCUGAGAUGUCAAGGCUGGAGCCUACAAACAUUCUGUUCGAGUUCGAUUGGGUUUAAGCGGUGACCUGCCUGGCUGCCUCAUCAGCAUAUCCCUAACCCAUGAAUAAUAAAUCAGUGCCAUUGACGUGCCCCUUUCUAGGUCUCCUGCAUAGGAGACAUGUCUGGUGUCCCCUUGUACAGUAAUUAGGCUAUGUACUAGAAGAGUUUCGCCGUCAUGUUGUUUGUUAUCAUAGUGGUCAGAUGUUGUGGCUCUUCGGGCUUUAGAUGUUAACAGGUCUGAAGUAGAAGGGUGUUGGGUGGGUGCCAAGAUGCUUGUCUAACCACUGGUCUACAAUUUGACAAUGUAAGGUAUUGAGAUACAGAUGCUUGGGUUGGAU